CCCUUUCACCAAUCAGCGCUCACGUUUCCUCUCGAUAUAAACUCGUCUCCCCGUCUUCUCGUCUCCCACACAGCAACCGCCAAAUUCCCCACCCUUUCUUUCUCACAAACUCCACCGCCGAAGCCCACGCUCUCCAUCCGAGUAGCAUCCAUGGCACCCAAGGCAGAGAAGAAGCCGGCGGCGAAGAAGCCCGCGGAGGAGGAGCCCGCCGUGGAGAAGGCGGAGAAGGCCCCGGCGGGGAAGAAGCCCAAGGCCGAGAAGCGGCUGCCGGCGGGCAAGUCUGCCGCCUCCUCCAAGGAGGCCGGCGAGGGGAAGAAGGGGAAGAAGAAGGCGAAGAAGAGCGUGGAGACCUACAAGAUCUACAUCUUCAAGGUGCUCAAGCAGGUGCACCCGGACAUCGGCAUCUCCUCCAAGGCCAUGUCCAUCAUGAACUCCUUCAUCAACGACAUCUUCGAGAAACUCGCCGGGGAGUCCGCCAAGCUCGCCCGCUACAACAAGAAGCCCACCAUCACGUCCCGCGAGAUCCAGACCUCCGUCCGCCUCGUCCUCCCAGGCGAGCUCGCCAAGCACGCCGUCUCCGAGGGCACCAAGGCUGUCACCAAGUUUACCUCCUCUUAGGUUGCUCUGUAUCCAGUAGUUGGUCCUUCUUCUGCUUGUAGCAGCCUAGCUGGGAUUAAUUGGAAUGAAUGGUCGAUGGUUUGUGUGUAGUUGGCUUGUGCCGCUGCUUCUGGAAAUUGUGGCCUGACAGAUCUGAAUAGUAACGAUGGAUGACUAGUAUGCUAAUUCUGUUCUCCCGCAGUUUGAUUGGUUGUGCUCUGUGGACCUAUGGUGUUGUGCUUGCUAGUUGCAACUGAGUUAUUGUUAUGGCUGAUGUUAAAUUUCAGUGUUAAUUUUUGUUCUUA